UCGGUCAGAUUCGUACCUCUCGCGUAGGGAGCCAAAGCCUGACCCCCAAAGCUAGGAGCGGGAAACCUUGUUCUUAGUUCGGAAAAAGUUAUUUUCUCAUUAGUGCUGGACACUUAUCAACUUUUGCGUCCUGUCAAUCAAAAAGGUAGUGAAACUUUGGGUGUUUUAAUUCGCUCGGUGAAUGCUUUUAAUCUGCAGUAAGGAGCAUAAUGAAGGAUGCGGUCCUUUUUGACGUAUGAGUGGAUUCUGAAUUAAGAUGUAUUACCCGGGAAUGCGACACGGUGCUAGCAACGGAUCACUGAGGGAAUGAUGUGAAAAAUUUAAUCUCGGAACAGGAUCCCUUAGGGCAAAAGAAAUUAAUUCCUUUCAGUAUCCCUCGUCAAAGACGCCCUCCACUAGUAAGGCUUGUCAUCGUCAGUCUAAUGAGAUAGGUGAAGGCAGGGGGAGAAACCCCAUUUGACAGGUGUGAUAUGUUGGUUUAAUUGUGUGGAAAAGUGAAAAGUGUACUCUAGUAGCUCGGAUAAAAUUGGAUUAGAACGGGCAAGGUCGGAUUAGCCACUGCUGUUGCUGUUGUUGUUGUGUUUACUAAUUGUUACAUCAAAGCUAGAAAAAGAAUGCACAACAUGCCAGGAUGUAAAAGCAUUAUCAGCGCGUCAAUGACUCUACCUAGCAGUGUGAACAGAACUUGAACAUGAAACGUGAUUAGUAAAUUAUAAAAAGAAAAAAUAUCUGCUUGUUCGGGCGAUGGACAGAAGAACCCAGUUCUCGAACAUGUGAAGAAUAAGAGCAGACAUCGAUGUCAUCUAAGGCCUACAGUGAUUCUUGUGCAACUUUAUAACGCCAGCCUCUUCUCAACUCGUACAUCGCCGCCACCAUUCACGACAAACGCUACUGCUCCUCAAAGGUGACUUUUGACGACACCCAGCUCGAGAUGGAAUCUGUUGGGCACGUAACCGUGCCGCUUCGUGUCGGUGGCAAAAAGAUGCGGAAAAGACGCGAAUUGGAUGCCCUAGUGGCACACUCUCUCGCUAAAAGCUCAGGAAAACGUCACAUGGCCGGAAACGGAAUCGCUUCCCACGAUCAGCUGCUAUCAAACUCCACAGACGAACAGGAGGACUACUCAUGGCAGCCAAAGGUUCGCGCCCAAUCACGUUGCCGGAGGAAGCGCUUUUCCUGUGUGCGCACAUGCGGUCCCCUCAUUCUAGUGUCCUGCAUUUUCCUCUCGCUAGGUUUUAUGUACUGGCUGUACUUUGACAUCAGGCAGCAGGUUUCCGAGUACCGGAUUCGCAUCGAGCAAGUGUCAGCAACUAGUCACAACGUGCCGGAAGCCUUACAGAAAUGGCACGAAACGUCCAAAAUACUCGAGCAAAAUCAAACGGCGCUGAACGGGCGGCUGCACGAGAUUCAACAAGUGUUGGGCAAUUUUUCCACAGAGCUCAAACAGCUUCGGGAUACGAUAGAGAAGAAGAACGAAAAUUCCCAGGAAGCACAACUCAACAGUCUGAUGACAAAUGUGGCCAAUCUUGGUUCCCAGAUCAAGGACGCCCUCGCCCGGAUAUCGUCCCUGGAGGAUCGGUACACGGCGGCGCAGACUGAGCAGAAGACGCUGGAGAAGAGCGUGGAUGAUUUGCAGACCGUCUUCUCCCAAAUCCGCAACAGCUCGUCCCGGACCGCGAUGGCCGGCGACAAUGCGAGCAACGUGACCGAGCAGAACAUUGCCAACAUCCGGGAGCAACUGUCGACACAGAUCACAAACCUUGCGCAAAAUUUCACCGCUGAGCUGGAAACACUGAAGAAAAAGAACGUCUGGCUUGACAACGAUCUGAAGAGUCACGAGAAAAGCAUCGACGAGUUGCUCGAGAACUCCGCCAACGUUUCGUCUCACGUAAAAUCGGUCGAGAACAUCUGGGUUGAGAUGAAAAAGAAUCUCACCAACCUGGAGGGAGCCGGUAAGCAGAUGACCGACCAGAUCGAACUUUUACAAAAUGUGACGGUUACACUGCGCAGUUCGAUUGGGACUGUUCGCGAAGAAUGCGAUCGAUAUCACAGUCAGAACGAUGUAAUCAACGGCGAGCUCAGUGCAAUCAAAGACCGGCUGGAGAAAGUUGUGAAACAGGAGAUCCCCGCGACCGCUCCGAUGAAAAACGUCACUCAGACACAACAGAAAACGAUUCCGUCAAAUCUCUCGCUGUUGUUCAACAAUUCUCCAACGGAGUCAACAGCUUCCAAAGAUACUACUGCAGCUGCCGACCGUGGUCCAAAUCAACCAGCUGUCUCUGCCAAUCUGCAGCAAGACAAAGAAAAGGGAGCAGCAUCAGUCUCGGCGGCGUCGACAGCUCAGCAAACAUCCGCAACACCAUCUGUAAGCAGCAGCACAAGCAUACCAGUGACAACCAAUGCCAGUCGCAGCAAGAUCCUAACAGCCAACGGAAUGUAAGAGCGCGGGUUUACGAGUCCAUGCUGCAUAAAUGUGUCACCCUUUGCCAAUUUUAACUUUUUCCACAGAGCAGAACGAUAAUGUAUUUACGCUAAGAGCGAGUUGUUUGUACUUAUAUAAUAAAAAAAAGUCAAAUUCAGUGCGGGUUGGAACCUGUUGAUUAAGUUUUAGUGUGAAACAAAGUUGUGUUUUAGUGUAAAAAGACGCACUCUUAGCACAGAAGACAAGAACAAAAAGCCACUUAUGAUAAAUUGAGACACACACAACUCACAGAUUCUAGUUUAUGCAGAAGAAACCACAACAAAGAUAAAAUCAAAUAUACGAUAAAAAUCAUUACCUUAUUAGAUAAAAAGAGCAGUUUUCGAUCCCAGUAAUAGUACAGUUAGUGAAAACAGAAACUCAAUUUAAGCAACAUCGAAAUCUAUUUAAUCAAUUCAUAGAACGUAUCAGUAAAAAUUUGGCCCAGGCGGAGUAGCUAGUUGAAGGUAUUUCCAAAACCACAAAAGAGAAUGAAAGGAGGAGGAACUGUUACCAUUUGAAACUGUAAAACGUAGAACGCGUAACGUGAUACCUAAAUGAUGAAUUUGAAGAUGAUAUUUUAGAAAUAAAAAGAAACGAGUUGCGGUCACUAGAAUCCCAACCAAACAAACAGUGCAGUCGAAUUUUCUGUUCAUCGACUGCGUUGUGAUAAGUUUUUUAGAUUCAAAGGUACUCAUUGGUUGCAAAUCGCCUACAGACAUCCCGCUCAGCUUUCCAGGUUAACUUCAAUCUAUAUAGAAGAGGAGAAAACUGUACAGCAGGAUAAAUCUAACGCGAGCGCCAUUUUAGUUUUAGCUUUAGCAACCGGAAAAACACAUGUAAUAAUUUAACUACAGCCAAAAAAAUAAGAGUUUUUGUACUUAUUUGUCGAAAAAUGCUAGCGAAACAGAGUCCAGUAGAUGCAUGAAUCAGUUUUGCAUUCUGUAGAUACCUUUGUACUCCCAGAGAUGAAUUAUUGGAUACAUCCAAACAAAAGUGCUAAAGUAAAUGAUCAAAGAAACCAAUAAAAGAAACAUUCAAUUCAAAGCG